AUGAAUUCAAGCGGUUUUUCUUUGUUGAUGAGGCUAUCAGAAAUGCAUCUCAAAGCGCCUUGGUCACUUAAAUUUUCCAUCCGUGUUGCUGUCAUUCUUCUCUUAUGCUUCAAUCUUAAAGGUCCUUUCUUUCUUGGUUCUGCAGCCUUGGUAAUUAAUGCAAAUGAAACAGAUCGACAGGCUUUGCUCCAGUUUAAGGCCAAGAUAGCUGGUGAUCAGCUUGGGAUUAUGCGUUCGUGGAACAACAGCGUCCAUUUUGCAAAUGGCCUGGUGUUAAAUGCGGACGAUGACAUCAGAGAGUUACCAGUUGGUCAACUUCCUUCCAACAUAUCUGGUUGUUGGAAGCUGAAACAUCUUUACAUUGGACACAAUCUGCUAGUUGGAGAAAUACCUGCUACACUUGGCCACUUGUCAAACCUGAAGGAAUUAGGCCUUAGCAACAACACAUUAAGAGGUAGUAUCCCUUCUUUUUUAGGGAACCUGUCGUCUCUGGAGAAAAUCUAUCUGUCUCUAAAUAGAUUGUCUGGGGUUAUCCCUGAAGCUAUUGACCAACUAAAGAAUCUUACAGCGCAUUCAAUGAACGCUCGAGUGGGAUGA